AUGAGCCAUGACUUGCACGAACACGAACCAGAAGAAGAAACCGCGGAGCAUGAGCGCUUACUGGUGGACACUACUGAUAGUGAGGCUGUCGUAGCCUUCGCUCCUCACGACAAAGACGAUCCGCGAAACUGGAGUCCAACACGCAAAUGGCUCAUGGUUGCCGCCAUCAUUCCGAUAGACCUGAGUGUUUCUUGGGGCGCGUCUGGCUUUUCACCUGCGGCAUCGGAUUUCGCUCGUGAUAUGCAUGUAUCCCCAGUGGUAGCAACGCUUGGUCUAAGCAUGUACGUCCUCGGGCUCGCAUUUGGACCUAUGAGCCUGGCACCACUCUCAGAGUACUUUGGAAGACGGCCUGUCUACGUUGUCUCCUAUGCCAUCUUCUUGUUGCUGCUCUUAGGCACUACGUUUGUCGAGAAUCUAGGAGCCUUCCUGGUACUGCGAGUUCUAUCCGGCUAUUUUUCAUCCGUCACAAUAAGUAACUUUGGCGGUACCAUAGCUGACCUUUUCCACCAUCACAAUACGGGUCCAGCAAUGUCCUGGUUUCUUUGGGCUGCGACAGGCGGUUCACCCACGGGAUUUGUGCUCUUCUCAGUCAUUGCACAGGGACGGUCGUGGCACUCAGUGUUUCGCAUCAUGUUUCUUAUCUGCCUAUCCUUCUGGAUCAUCCUCGUCGCGGCUCUUUACGCUCUCGGUGAAACACGACAUAGCGUAUUGCUGGCUCGAAGAGCACAGGCGGCACGUAAGACAUCUGGCAGUGAGAGCGUUGAUGUCCCCGAUGAAUUGAAGCAGCGAGAUCCUAUGCUACUGUUUGGCACAGCGCUGAUACGACCCUUUCGAUUCCUUAUUACAGAAGCCAUCGUACAAUUCGGAGCGCUAUAUAACGGGUACCUCUACGGUUUAUCCUUUCUCUUCAACGGCGUUUUCCACCUCAUCUUCGGGCCGGAUGGAUAUGGCUACGACACUGUUGAGAUUGGCAUUGCGUUCUUAGGCAUCGUUCUCGGCGUCACAGCUGGCCUGGUUACCAACAUCUAUCAAGAGCGCUAUUACCAACGCCGGGUAGUCCUUGCCGGCCAGCACGAUGUUCCCGAGGCACGCGUCUAUCUAGCCAUCCCAGCUGCCAUUGUACUCCCAACAUCACUGCUUGUCUUCUCUUUUACAGCCAACCCAUCCAUUCAUCCGCUCGUUUCGAUCACAGCUUCGGCCUUCUGGGGCUGGUCAUUCUAUACGCUUAUCUUAAUGACAUUGACGUAUACCGAGGAUGCGUAUAAGACGUACUCGGCUUCUGCAUUGGCAGGCAUCGGUCUGGUACGCAAUAUCGCAGGCGCUGGAUUCCCAUUGUUUGGCCGGCUGCUGUUCGUCAAGGUGGGGAACAAAAACGCUUGCCUGAUAUUAGCGGCCAUGUCGCUGUUUAUGGCGCCGAUCCCUUUCAUCUUAUCGAAACAUGGAGAGUCUCUGCGUAGACGAAGUCCGUGGGCUGCCGCACAUGAAGAUGAGGACGAGGAUGCCGAAGAAAGCUGA